CCGGCGGGAGGGGAAGCCCGUGAGGAUUCGACGUGCGGUCCCAGAGCGGCGGGAGAGCCUGUGUAGACCCGGCCAGGCGUACGCGGCGGUGGCGGGGAUGGCGUGGACGGCGUGGGCGCGGCGCCGACUGCUCCCAGCGCGCGGAGACCAGAAGUGGCCAAGCGGCGAGACAGGAGGCGCAGCUCCGGGCACCCUAAAGGCAGUGUUCUUCAUCUUCGCCUCCCUGUGCGCCUGGUAUUCUGGGUACCUGCUGGCAGAGCUCAUUCCAGAUGUGCCCCUGUCCAGAGCUGCCUACAGCAUCCGGAGCAUCGGUGAGAGGCCUGUCCUCAAAGCCCCAGCCCCGAAAAGGCAAAAAUGUGACCACUGGACCCCGUGUCCCCCAAACACCUACGCCUACCGGUUGCUCAGUGGCGGGGGCAGGGACAAGUAUGCCAAGAUCUGCUUUGAGGAUGAGGUGCUCAUAGGAGAAAAGACUGGGAAUGUGGCAAGAGGAAUAAAUAUUGCCAUUGUCAACUAUGUGACUGGGAAAGUAUUAGCAACACAGUAUUUUGAUAUGUACGAAGGAGAUAACUCUGGACCGAUGACGAAUUUUAUUCAGAGCGCUCCCUCGAACUCCCUGCUCUUCAUGGUGACCCACGAUGACGGUAGCAGCAGACUGAAGGAGGACGCUAAGAAGGCCAUAGAAGCCCUGGGAAGUAAAGAGAUCAGGAACAUUCGCUUCAGGUCGAGCUGGGUAUUUCUUGGAGCAAAAGGCUUUGAACUUCCUGCAGGAAUUCAGAGAGAAAAGGUCAACCACUCAGAUAAUGCGAAGAACAGGUAUCCGGGCUGGCCCGCAGAGAUCCAGGUAGAAGGCUGCAUACCAAAAAGACCAAGCUAACAUUGCCCGGCCUCAAUAAAGGCUUCUUUUGAAAACCAUGGCAGCACGCGGCACCCUGAAUUUCAGCACCCUUGCAGGACCAAGCCACCCAGAUCUCAGUGGCUGACAACAGUGCUGAGGUCUCCUUCGUGUAGCAGGCGCCUCGUGGGGCAGCCGAGGCUCAGCUCUGGGUGCCCGGAGCCAGGAUGAAGGAGCGUCCAUCUCAGGCAUGGAAGCCAGAGAGAGCAGAAGUCCAGAGGUCCCCCAAAGCUCCUGCCAGGACACAUGUGAGCCCUCAUCCUUGCACCCCUUUGCCAACCAGGGGGGACAUCAACCUCGUGGCAGUGGGGGGUGACUGUCGGCCCCUCAGGGAGCCUGGGCCUCUCUCUGCAGUGGAGUCUGCAAACCACUGGAUACGAUCUCGGCUGGGGCCCUGUUAUGGGCUAGAUUCUGUUCCCCCCAAAUUCAUGAGUUGAGUCCUAACCGCCAGUACCGCAAAAUGUGACCUCAUGUGGAAACAGGGUCAUUGUAGGUGUAGUAAGUUAAAGCAGGGUGACCCUCAUUCAAUGUGACUGGUGUCCUAACAAAAGGAGAUGUUUGGACACAAACAAGCAAUGAGAGAGAACCCCUUUCUGGGCUCUGGAUCACUUUGGAGGAGGCCUGGAAGCGGCGUCUGGAGAGCAUUAGGGCAUCGCUGAAAAGGCAGCAGCAUGGGGACCCCUGAGGGCUGCAGGGGUUCGAGCAGGGAGGGGCGAUCAGGAGGACUGCAGGCCCCUCUAUAGGGGACUGUCACAGUGGGCGCAUGUCCAAACCCAUUGCAUGUAUAACCCCAAGAGCGACCCCAGGGUAAACCGUGGACUCCCGGUGACAAUGGGUGGUCAUGGAUUGUGACAAAUGUGCCCCUCGGGUAGGGGGUAGUCAACAGUGGGGUAGGCUGUGCAGGGGGGAGGGCAGGGCGUCUGGGGGAGCUCUCUGUACCGUCCCCUCAAUUCUACCGGGAACCUAAAACUGCUCUAGAAAAUAAAGUCUAUUACCAGAAAACAAAACAAACCAAAAGUUGCCGAGGAAACCGAGCCUUACGUGGGCAGCCACCCCUGAACAUCUGUCCUAAUUACACAGACCCCCGGGAAGUGACCCUAAGCCCUCCCCACACCCGUGAGCUCUCCCAGGUGUGC